AUGGUCGAUGCUAACGGAGCUCCACCAUGUGUUGUAUCUCUGGCUCCAUUCUCUACCUCCCGGCGGCGCCUCUCCGCCACCUUCGUGGAGCGGAGCCGUCCGGUGUCGUCGGAGAGGCCAAUGGCGUGGAUAUCCCUCCAGGGACGGCUAGUUAACGCCGAAGAAGCGAGCUCCGCGCGCUCCAUUGGUGGCGGCUUAAGCGCAGAACAAGCCCUGGCUUGGGAGCUCUUCACUCCCAUCCAACGGUUCCUAUUAGUCGCUGUCAUUGGUGUUGCCGUUGCAGAGUCCCACAAAAACCACCAGAUACGGCACUUUAAGAAAUCCGUUCAACUAAGGGACCAGGUGCUAUCAAGCAUGCAGCAGAAGCUUGACAAUCUAUGCGAGCAGCUUAACAGUUCUAAGGAACACUCGAAUGCUGCCAUCAACCAGUCAUCCGCCAAAGAUACAGAUUUGCAAUUGAAUGAAACUUUUGGAACCAAGAAAAUUAAGUUUCUUGACUGUGGUUGUUGGCAUUGUGAGCAACACUGUGGCUUCUUUAAUGAAUUGAUGGGUGCCUCUGUUAGGAGAGCCUCCAGUGGAAAUGAGGUGCUCCAAUAUAAAACGCUUUUCUCUAAUGAAGAACAAGAGGAGCGAAGAAUGUCUGACUUUUCAGAUUGGGCUUCAAGUGUCACAUCUGCUGCUGAUAUCCAGCUAAACAGCUUGGCUGUAGACCAAGAUAUUUAUAAUCUUAAGAGGGACUGUGAAGAGAAGGAUACCACAAUAAAGGAGCUAACCAUCCUUCUGAACUCUUCUGAGGUUGCAAAUCACAAGAGGAUUGCUGAAUUAGAAGACAUUGUGCGGAGGAAGAAUACGACAAUUUCAAAAUUAAAGAAGGACUUGGUGGUUCUAGAACAAAAGGUUGUGCAGCUUUCAAGACUUCGUCGACCUUCCUUUUCUGCCAGUGACUCAAAUGGCGGUCAGGUCCCACAAAUGAGAGAGAACCUCAUUUAUGAUAUGGAGAGCACUACUAGCCCCUCAUCUUCUGAUUCAGAUAGUUCUCCUCUUAACAAUGCACAAGAUCUUCCUGCUGAUGUGAACCAGGGUUCUACUUCCAGAGUCGAUCAGAAACCUACGCCAGUAAAAUGUUUCAGUGCUUCAGGGAGAGUCUUUGAACGCCACACAAAAUCUCAAUCUGUUAGUCCUCUUAAAGAAGUUACAACUAAUAGGAAAUCUAAUGCAGCUUCUUCUUCGUGCCAAAAGCAAUUGUUACCUCGUGGGGACUUGAAAAAGAGCAGAAGACGAUCUCUUAAUGAAGCUAAGAGUGCGACUGCACAUAAGAGAUGGCUACAAUGA